GAUACGCUUCAGUUGCGUUGCAUUUGUGGUCGUUGGCACAACAUGGAUUCGCGCUUUCGUGCCGCACAUCCACUGUACAAAUGGUUAUUUGGUUUUUGCCUACUUUUGAUCAUUUGCGUGUUGUCCAUACCAAAGGGAAAUCAGUUGCCAAAUGUGACAAAUAGAAAUACAAUUUCCCUGAAAUCGCGAAUUGUCAAGGUGCCAAAGACACCCCAAAAAUACUUUGUACGAACUGCCCAGUGUCAUAUACCCUUUGUGGACCCAUUCAAUGAGGAUGUCAUGAAAAUCUACAAGCCUCAGACCUAUGUUGGUUGCUCGAAUGAAAGUGAUCUUGUGACGACCCACUACGACUCGUUGCAGCAGCGUUAUGUGUUGCACAUCAAUCAGGAGGUGGCACAGCAUCUGCUUAACUCUACCGACGAGGAGUACAAUUGUUUUUAUGAGGAAAUUAGCUACGGCCAGGAAAUAGAUACCUACGACAAACUCAAGGCUGAUAAAUACUUUACGGACGGCUAUGUGGUACCCAAGCAUGUGGAGGGCAUGCUGCUGGAGUGCCAGACCGCAGAGGAGCCACACAUAGUGCUGCAGCGCGAUGCUUUUGUGUUUAUACAAUAUCAGCCAGUGGAGCCCUCACCCAAGAUGAAGAAGCCAUUGGUGCCCCGAAAGCCCAGCGUUAUAAUGUACGGCAUUGAUUCAUUGUCACGCAUCAAUCUGCGGCGUACAAUGCCAAAGGUGCACAAGUUUCUGCAGGGUGAGGGAUGGUAUGAGAUGCAGGGAUACAAUAAGGUCGCUGACAAUUCGUUUCCCAAUCUUUUUGCCAUUCUCAGUGGCUAUUCACCGGACACUGCCAAAUCGCAAAUCUGCGACACGGAUGUGUCCGGCUGCUUUGAGGAAAUGCCAAUGAUUUGGCACUACUUCCGUAAUGCCAGCUACUUGACGGCCUAUGCGGAGGAUGAGAGUGGAUCGAAUACGUUCAACUAUCUCAAGCCUGGAUUCACCGAGAAGCCCACGGACUACUAUUUCAGACCCUUUCUGCGUGCACUGGAGGUGGAGACAGAGGUGACCCGGCUGCCCGGACAGUAUAUGCGCUACUGCAUGGGUCGUCGUGUGGUAAAUCGCUAUAUCUACGAUUAUUGCCGGCAGUUUAUGCAGCGAUAUGUAAAGGAGCGACCCAUUUGGGGCAUGUUCUGGACAAAUCACUACAGCCACGACGAUCCCUUCAUGCCCUCGUCCAUGCAGAACAAAGUGCUGACCGAUUUGUUGGACUACCAAAUGGAUGGGGCCUUCGAACACACCAUAAUGAUAUUCUUUGCCGAUCACGGCACGAGAUUUGGCAAGUUGAGAGACCUGAAAUCGGGUUUCCUGGAGUCGCGGCUGCCUAUGAUGUUUAUUUAUCUGCCGCCUUGGUUUCGCGAGGAAUACCCGAGCUAUGCCCGUGCGCUGGAGCUUAAUCAGAAUCGUUUGAGCUCGAACUUUGAUCUGCAUAAUACGCUCAAACACAUCAUUGAGAUUGGCGGUGGAGGCGAGUUGCCCAAAUCUUACAACUGUCCCACCUGUCAGUCGUUGUUCUACCCACUGCCCGAGGACCGAACGUGCGCCCAGGCGGCAAUCGAUGAGCAUUGGUGCACCUGUGAGCCAUAUCGAUCCAUCAACGAUCUGGAGUGGGCGGAUCGUGUGGCCAAGAGUGUAAUACCUCGCAUGAAUGAGUAUUUCGCGGAAAAGAAUCUCUCCCACCUGUGCAGCAAUCUGUCCCUCAACUAUGUCCACAAUACCCAAAUCAAAACGGGUCUAGCCAUUAGCUGGCACGAUGACUUGCCCCAACUGGAGGAGGCCGUCUAUCGCACCAAGUUCAAGGUACAACAGAACAGCGCCGACUUUGAGGCCACGGUUGUCUUUAACAACGUCACCGAAAAGGCCGAGGUGAAAGUGGAGACAAUCAGUCGCACGAAUUCUUACAAGGAAGACUCCAACUGCAUUGAGGAUAAAAUUGCUAAAUUAUAUUGCAUUUGCUUAAGUGACCUCAAGCCAUAGAGCAUUCAAAUCUCGAUUAAUUUAAGAAGUUAUUAGUAAUUAGGAAUACAAAUUAAAGUACAAAGAAAUGUUAUUAAACGUUUUCCAGGCUUAAAA